UGGCACAAUGGCACUGGCGGCAAGUCCAUCUACCGGGAGAAGUUUGAUGAUGAGAAUCUCAUCCUGAAGCACAAGGGGCCUGGCAUCUUGUCCAUGGCCAAUGCUGGGCCCAACACAAACGGUUCCCAGUUUUUCAUCUGCACCGCCAAGACUGAGUGGUUGGACGGCAAGCAUGUGGUCUUUGGCAAGGUCAAGGAGGGCAUGAACAUCGUGGAAGCCAUGGAGCGCUUCGGGUCCAGGAACAGCAAGACCAGCAAGAAGAUCACCAUUGCCUACUGUGGACAGAUCUGA